AUGGCUGAUCUUAUUCAGAACGAUGAUUCUGCUGAAAUUCAGAAGAAUGGAGAAGAAGAAUACGUUGAGCCACCACGCGAAAAGAUUGACGUGGAAGCACUCAUAACUGAGAACGGUGAUUGUCCAACAUUGAAUUUAAUGAUGAAAAAUUUAAAUGCUGAUGAGGCAAAACUUCUUAUGGAAUUAUUAAAAAACAAUAAGACAAUUACUUCACUCGAUCUUUCACUUAAUUGGAUUGGAAACGAAGGAGUUCAAAGUGUAGCUGAUGCAUUAACCAAUAAUACAACAUUGACUGAGAUCAAUCUCGGUUGUGUUGAUUUUGAUGCUGAUACUGCUAAACAUUUUGGUGAUGUCUUAAAUAAUAAUAAAACACUUAACACACUUAAACUUUGCGGUUGUGGAUUUGGACCCGAAGGAGUUAAACAUAUCGCUGAUGCUCUACGAAAUAAUACAACAUUAACUACACUCGAUCUAGGAUUGUGUAAAUUGGAAAAUGAAGGAGUUCAAUAUUUAAGUGAUGCUUUACAAAAUAAUACAACAUUAGUAUCUCUUGAUCUUAAAGAAAAUGAGAUAAAAACUGAAGGUAUAAAGAUUUUAGCUGAUGUUUUACGACAUAACAAGAGACUUAAAAAACUUUCCCUUGAAUCAAACAACCUUGGAGGAUCAGAAGUUCAAUAUCUGUCGGAUAUGUUACGAGAUAACACGACAUUAACAACACUCGUUCUUAAUGAAAAUGAAAUUGAAGAUGAAGGUUUACAACAUUUAGCUGAUGCCUUACGAAAUAAUAAAACAUUCACUACACUUGAAAUUCAAACGUGUAAAAUUGGAGAUAAAGGCAUUGAAUCUUUAUCUGAUGCUUUACGAACUAAUACAACAUUUUCAUCACUAAAUACUUCGUAUAAUAAAUUUGGAGAAAAAGGAUCAGAAUAUUUAAUUGAUGCUUUACGAAAUAACAAGACAAUAAAAGAAAUUACUUUUGAUGAUAAUCAAUUUGGAGAUACAGCUAUACAAUAUUUAUCUGAAUUUUUAACAAAUAAUCAAACAUUGAAUAAAUUGGCUCUUUGCAAGAAUAAAAUUGGAAACGAAGGAGUCAAACAAGUGGCUAAUGCUUUAACAAAUAACACGGCACUUACUUUCCUUGAUCUUCGUGGCAAUGACAUUGGAGCUGAAGGAAUUAAACAUUUGGCUGAUAGUUUAACAAAUAACAAGACACUUACUUCACUUGAUCUCGCAGGCAAUUUAAUUGGAGACGAAGGACUUAAAUAUUUAAUCGAUGCUUUAAUAAAUACAACAAUACUCACAAGACUUGAUAUUAGCAACAAUAAUAUUGGAGACGAUGGCGCUCAAUAUAUAUCUGAUUUUUUAAAAAAUAACAAAACAUUGACUGAAUUGGUACUCAGAGAAAAUCAUAUAGGACCCAAAGGAGCUCAACAUAUCGCGGAUGCUUUACGUAAUAAUACGUCAUUAAAGACACUUCAAUUCGUUAUGAAUUCUUUCGGACACGAAGGCGUUGAAUAUCUUAUGGAUGGUUUACAAAAUAACAUGACACUAUCAAGAUUAUAUCUCGACGGCAAUGGAUUAGAUGGUGAAGCAACAAAACUUGCAAUAGCAACUUUGAAGACAAAGUCUCGAUCCAAAAUCGAUAUAUCAUGGUAA